GAUACAGCUUCACUCAUACCCAACAAGUCUUCCGAGUAUUUUUAUUCUCACAUAUUAAUUCGUCACACUAUAAUUCAAUCAAUCACCGAUCCAUCCAUUAUGAUCUAACAAUCGUAAGUCAAGAUGAUCGUAACAUACCAGUAGAGUUCCAUUGGUCGGCAGGGUCACGUAACCUGGAAUAUACCUUCGUCCGAUUGGAGAACCAAGGUGGUAAUGUGUAGUAGGGAGCGAAAGUGAACCGAGCUCCAAGAAUGGUCAGGAAGAGACAAGGUCCUCGGGUCUUGUACAGAAAGUUUCGUGUCCCAAGACGUGUCGAAGAUGUCGUUACCACGAGGGCUUGCCAGUUAAUAUAUAAAAUCGUCGAAAAAGGAAAGAGACAAGUAACAGUACCGUGUGCACAUCAUUUAAUUCAAAAGUUUGGAGUCAAGUCACAGGAUGACUGAACGGAGUGCAUUAAGUCGUACGAUUUUGCAAUAUACAUAGGCGUAGCCCGAAGUGCAGAGGCGUCUACUCGCAGGCAUUCCUGCUUCGCCUACGUUUGGCAAGCACACAAAAGAAAAAGAAACAACAUCGGCAAAAAAGAAGCCGGGAAACUUGUCAGUGAGAUGUAUAGAAUUUCAAAAUUCUUGACGGUGUUAUGUGUUUCAUAAAAGUGACAGUUCCGCUCUCUUUGAGGUCUUAGUAUUAACUGCGCUAACUUUUCGUGACGUAAGCAAAUAACCACCUGUCGGCUGUAAACCGUAAGCAGUUGCGUGCAAAAUGACGCGUAAACUGAGCAAGUUUUUGAUACUCUUCGAUAAUACGAAUCUCCUGUACUUUCCUGGACAUUUUUUGUCUGGGCGAGUUCUCAUCGAAUUGGACGAUGAAGCAUAUGUUUCGGGAUUACAUUUUCACGUAGUAGGUGAAGGCGUAGUAAGGGUACGUAGUCAACGUGCCGAACGAGUGUAUGAUAAAGAAAAUUAUAUAGACUUUCGAAUGAGACUUCUCGGAGAACCGGAAGAGGGUCCGUCAUUGUUAUCACCCGGUAUACACAGUUUCCCUUUCAAAUUGGGAUUGCCAUUAGGCUUGCCAUCUACUUUCUUAGGAAAGCACGGAUGGGUUCAAUAUUAUUGUAAAGCAGCUCUCCGAGAACCAAAUGGUUUAACCCAUAAGAACCAGCAAGUUUUUAUAGUGAUGAAUCCGAUCGAUUUGAAUCUGGAGCCGCCGAUUUUGGCACCGGCUAGGCUGGAGGUGGAACAACGUGUAGGUGUUUCUUGCGUAUCCGGCGGACCAGUAUUCUGCAGAGUAAGUCUAGACAGAGGUGGUUACGUCCCUGGCGAGACUAUUGGAAUUUCAGCCACAGUUAGUAACCGUAGUAAAGUGACGAUGAAAUCGACAAAAGCAUCUUUGACAGAAACGAUUCAGUAUCUUUGUCGAAAUAAAGUUCUUGCAAGUGAAACCAGAGAGUUGGCCAGUGUAUCUAGAGGAAAGAUACGACCUGGUGAUGGCGAAGAAUGGCUGAACGAACAGAUGUACGUUCCACCAUUGCCGCCUACUAAUCUGCGAGGAUGUCAUCUGAUCAAUGUCCUUUAUCACGUUUAUUUCGUUAUCAGUCCGAAGAGUCUCGAUAAGGAGAUCAAAUUGCAAAUUCCUAUCGUCUUGGCGACGUAUCCACUUAGACAGGAAGGAGCUCCUGCAGGAACUGCACCGUCUAAGAGAGGAGCUCAUUAUCCUUCUACAUUACCGAUUUUUCGACCAUGGCUCGACGACAAAGUCUUUGAGAAUAGAACGUGGAGGGUGAAGAAUCCUAUGGUGGGAGUUCGUACUAUUUUUACGUAAUUUGGUGUUUCAAACGGUAAAACAAAAUUCCUUGCAAUUAGAUGGAAACGCAAAAAAAGGAUGCAUUAUUGACCCUUAUAAAACUGCCAUACAGCUGUGUAAUAAAUACACUGUACUUAAUACAAAUGCAUAACAGAUAAAUAAUAAAGAUGUAUGUUAUAAGUAAGAAUCACGUUAAAACUAAUAAUAAUAAUAUUAAUAAUAAUAAUAUUGUGAUAAUAAAUGAAAUAUAUUAUUGACCAACAAACUCA